AUGACUAUGGUGUAUAUAAACCAAGCCCUAAGUCAGGUUGGAUCAAACUCAGACCGGCAGUUCAAGAACCAUUACUAUACACAUAUAAUGUUCAAAGGGAAUAUUGCCUCAUUGCUCAAUAAGUAUCAACAUAAAUUGCAGAAAUCGCGUCUCGGAGAACCUGAUUCGGAAACUGAAAUGGGGAGCUUGUUUCGGUACACUGAUUGGAUAGAUAAAUUGCUGAUGUUAAUCGGAACUUUGGGCAGCAUUGGAGACGGAUUGUUGACACCACUUAAUAUGUAUACUCUGAGUGGUUUGUUCAAUGAAUAUGCUACUUCUGAAUCUGGUUCUUCUGUAACUCUUACCAUUGAAGUUGUAGACAAGUAUUCGCUCAGGCUGCUGUAUUGUGCUACUUUUGUCGGAAUAUCUGCUUUUCUAGAAGGGAUUUGUUGGACAAGAACAGCAGAGAGGCAGGCAUCUAGAAUGAGAAUGGAGUACUUAAGAUCAGUCCUGAGGCAAGAAGUUGGAUUCUUCGACAAGCAAGCUACUUCUAACAGCAACUUAUUCCAAGUUAUCUCUGCCAUUUCUUCUGAUGCUCAUUUAAUCCAAGAUACCAUAGCCGAUAAGAUACCGAAUUUACUUGCUCAUCUAUCGUCAUUCAUCUUCGCUUUCGUAGUUUCCUUUAUACUUUCUUGGCGAUUGGCAUUGGCAACGCUGCCAUUCGCGAUCAUGUUCAUAGUUCCAGGGGUUUUAUUUGGGAAGCUACUAAUGAACAUAGGGGGGAAAGCAAAAGAUGCCUAUUCAGUAGCAGGAGGAAUAGCAGAACAGGCAAUCUCAUCGAUUCGUACAGUGUAUUCAUAUGUCGGAGAGCAUCAAACAUUAGAAAGAUUUGGAAAUGCACUUCAGAAUAGUACGAAGCUUGGUAUAAAGCAAGGUUUUGCAAAGGGAUUGCUGAUAGGAAGCAUGGGAAUGAUUUUUGCAGCUUGGAGUUUUUCGGCUUGGGUUGGUAGUUUUCUUGUUACCGAAAAAGGAGAAAAAGGCGGUCCUGUUUUCGUGUCAGGAACCUGUGUCAUCUUGGGAGGAAUAUCCCUCAUGAAUGCACUUCCGAAUUUAACUUUCCUAUCAGAAGCAACAAUUGCUGCUAUCAGAAUGAAUAAGAUGAUCGAUCAGAUUCCGGUGAUAGACAACGAAGAUAAAAAGGGGAAAAUCCUGCCACAUAUCAGGGGAGAAAUUGAAUUUAAGGAGGUGAAGUUCAGCUAUCCGUCACGGCCAGAUUCCCCGAUUUUGAAAGGAUUGAAUCUUAAAGUGCAAGCAGGUAAGACAGUAGGUCUUGUUGGAGGCAGUGGUUCAGGUAAAUCCACAAUUAUAUCUCUGCUAGAAAGAUUUUAUGAUCCUGUAAGUGGAAAUAUUCUCAUUGAUGGAUGCAAAAUAAAGAAACUUCAGCUGCAAUGGUUGAGAUCCCAAAUAGGACUUGUUAAUCAGGAGCCUAUUCUCUUCGCAACAUCGAUAAAGGAGAACAUUCUUUUCGGAAAUGAAGAAGCGUCGAUGGAAUCCAUCGAAAGAGCAGCUAAGGCUGCAAAUGCUCAUGACUUCAUUUUGAAGUUACCUGAUGGAUAUGAAACUCAGGUAGGGCAAUUCGGAGCUCAAUUAUCAGGAGGACAGAAGCAGAGGAUUGCAAUAGCUAGGGCUUUAAUCAGAGAUCCGAAAAUUCUAUUACUUGAUGAAGCAACAAGUGCUUUAGAUGCAGGGUCCGAAAAACUAGUACAACAAGCCUUGGACAGGGCUUCUGUAGGGAGGACAACAAUAGUGGUUGCACAUCGCCUUUCUACAAUCCGGGAUGCUGAUUUGAUAGUUGUUCUUGAAUCAGGUAGAGUGAUAGAAUCAGGAUGUCAUAAUGAACUCAUCCAGUUAAACGAAGGAGAAGGUGGAGCCUAUAAUAAAAUGGUGCAAUUGCAGCAAUCAACAACACAAGAUGAAGCCUCUUAUCCUUCGUAUAGUCCAACCGAAAGGAUUAACCACCGCAAUAUGCCUACAAGUGCGAGAUCAAGCUAUCAAAGCAGUCCUGCUAAUGCUUUCAGCCCUGUCUUUCCAAUUAGCAUACCACACUCAGUUGAAAUUUAUACUUCUGAUGAAGAAAAUGAUGAUAGCCACCUAAAGAAAUCUGUUCAUCCAUAUUCUUCGCAAUGGAGAAUACUGAAAAUGAAUGCUCCUGAAUGGAAGAGAGCAUUACUCGGAUGCAUUGGUGCUGCAGGUUUCGGAGCAGUUCAACCGGCUCAUGGUUAUUGCUUAGGAUCUGUUGUUUCAGUUUAUUUCCUUUCUGAUAAUUCCAAAAUCAAAUCAGAAACCAGAACCUAUUGCUUCAUCUUUCUAGCCUUUGCUGUUAUCAGUUUCUUUACCAAUCUUCUCCAGCAUUACAAUUUCGCAGUCAUGGGAGAACGAUUGAUCAAAAGAGUACGCGAAAAAAUGCUCGACAAAAUAUUCACAUUCGAGGUUGGUUGGUUCGAUGAAGAUGAGAAUACUAGUGCAGCCAUUAGCGCUCGUCUAGCUACCGAGGCACAAUUGGUUCGAUCCCUUAUUGCAGAACGUAUGUCAUUGCUUGUUCAGGUUUUCUUUAGUACUUCUAUCGCCUUUGUGGUCGGUCUGUUGAUCACAUGGCGAGUAGCCAUUGUUAUGAUUGCCAUCCAACCACUACUUAUCGGAAGCUUUUACUCGAGAAGUGUUCUAAUGAAAAGUAUGUCUUACAGAACUCGAAAAGCUCAGACUGAAGGGAGCCAACUUGCAAGUGAAGCUAUCAUAAAUCACAGGACUAUCACUGCAUUUUCGUCGCAAAAGAGGAUACUCAAACUCUUCAAAAGAACAAUGAAAGAUCCGAGAAAAGAAACGAUAAAGCAAUCAUGGAUUUCGGGUUUUGGUCUAAUGAGCUCGCAGUUUCUUACGACAGCUUCCGUAGCUAUAACAUUUUGGUACGGAGGAACAUUAGUAGCUCACGGAACUAUAACUUCGAAACGCCUCUUUCAAGUGUUCUUCCUGUUAAUGAGUACAGGAAAGAGCAUUGCAGAUGCAGGGAGUAUGAGUUCUGAUAUAGCAAAAGGCAGUGAUGCAGUCAGAUUAGUUUUCGCAAUUCUCGACAGGAAAACUGAAAUAGAACCUGAUGAUCCUAGCGGAGUUAAAGCUAGAAGAAAUACGAAAGGCAACAUCGAGUUCAAGAACGUAUGCUUUUCGUAUCCAGCGAGGCCUAAUCAAAUGAUCUUCAAGGACUUGAGUCUGAAAAUUGAAUCAGGAAAAAUAACAGCACUUGUAGGACAAAGUGGUUCAGGAAAAUCUACUGUCAUUGGCCUAAUUGAGCGAUUUUAUGAUCCGCAAAGUGGAUCGAUUAUGAUCGAUGGAUACGAUAUCAAGAGCUAUAAUUUGAGAAAGUUGAGAUCACACAUUGCAUUAGUGAGUCAAGAACCGACUCUUUUUGCAGGAAGUAUUCGGGAAAAUAUUGUGUACGGCUGUGAAGAAAAUGUGACAGAAGGUGAAGUCAGAAAAGCUGCAAUUCUUGCCAAUGCACAUGAAUUCAUAAGUUCAAUGAAAGAUGGAUACGAAACAUAUUGUGGAGAAAGAGGAGUGCAGCUAUCAGGUGGGCAAAAACAAAGAAUAGCAUUGGCAAGAGCAAUACUCAAGAACCCUAAAAUACUUUUGUUAGAUGAGGCAACCAGUGCUCUCGACAGUGCAUCAGAAAAUUUAGUUCAAGAAGCAUUGGAGAAGAUGAUGAUCGGGCGAACGUGUGUGGUCGUAGCGCACCGAUUAUCGACGAUACAGAAGGCAGACUCCAUUGCUGUGAUCAAGAAUGGAAAAGUUGUAGAAAAAGGAUCUCAUACCGAUUUACUUGCUAUUGGACGCCAUGGUGCGUAUUACUCCCUUAUUAACCUACAAGGUGGUGGACGUUCAAAUUGA